AGAUGACUCAACUAUGUGCAUCGAAACAGCGCAACAACUGCACGAAUCACAAAUUUGUAAAAUGUAGGGAUUGACUGCCUCAGUCGCUCAAACUGUCAGUAGUGUUAUGUGAAGUCGUUUAGUCUGUUUAUGUUAUUCGGGAAAAAGCACAAUUUAGACUGCUGAAGGAGCUUACAGUCACGCGCCAGUGCUGUGACAGGCAGUGUGAGUGUCAGUUUCAUUACAGUUACGGGAGUAGCUAGCUUGCUAGAUAUUCUAUUUUCUGAACACAUUGAUUUAGUGUCAGGUCGAGCAAGAAAAUUGUUAGGAUAGGAGGCUAAAUGGCAGACGUUGGAACGUGUGUCAUUCAUUAAAGGUUUGACGUUUUUCCAGUGAACAUUUCAAGUCAACAAGUCAGCUGAAGAUGGCCAGCAGGAAUGCCAGUGAGAGCACCCCUCUUUUGGACAGCAGCUCUGUGACUGUGAACAGGCCUGUGUCAGUGUUCCAGGGCAGAAGACUGGCAUGUGCGACUAUUCUGCUGGCAGAGUCAUUGGAACGAGUGGCAUUCUAUGGCAUCACUUCCAACCUGGUCCUUUUCCUCAACAGUAGCCCAUUUUAUUGGGAGGGAACUCAGGCCAGCCAGGCACCACUGAUGUUCAUGGGGGUUACAUACCUGAUCUCACCAUUUGGUGGCUGGCUGGCUGAUGCAUAUCUGGGAAAGUUCUGGACAAUUGCUUGCAGUUUGAUCCUGUACUUUCUUGGCAUACUGUUUUUCCCAUUUAUCGCAAGUACAGACUCCCAGAAUACCCUGUGUGGUGAUGAAAUGGCAUUUCCAGUGCAACCGGCUGAGUGUUUGAGCACAAACGGUACCCUUCCAAGCAAUGUGACCUGCCCCACACGGGCACCUUACUGCGGGCCAGUGAUCUACACUGCCCUUGUUCUCAUUGCCCUUGGUGUGGGAACAGUGAAAUCCAACAUCACUCCAUUUGGGGCAGACCAGGUAAAAGAUCGUGGCCCGGAGGCCACUCGCAGGUUCUUCAACUGGUUCUACUGGUGCAUCAACCUAGGGGCCAUCUUGUCCCUAGGUGGCGUGGCUUACAUCCAGCAGAACAUCAACUUCCAGUUGGGGUACAUCAUCCCAGCCGUGUGCCUGGGUGUCUCCUUCCUGGUGUUCCUGCUGGGGCGUACAGUCUUCAUCAACAAGCCAGCUGACGGUAGUGCCUUCACUGAUAUGUUCAAGAUCCUGGGUUACGCCUUCUGCACUGCACAGCCCAAAGAACCCAACCUGCUACGGGCUAAACCGACUAUGCUGGACGGUGCCAAGGUGACAUAUGGAGGGAGAUUCCCCGAGGAGAAGGUGGAGGAGGUGAAAGCAAUGCUUAAAGUUCUCCCGGUGUUCUUUGCUCUUAUCCCAUACUGGACUGUAUACUUUCAGAUGCAGACAACAUAUUUCCUCCAGAGCCUACAUCUAAGGAUUCCUGACACCAGCACAGGCACCAACAGCAGUGACGGCACCCUCCAGAUCACAUUCCGCUUCCCUGCCGCCUGGCUGACAAUGUUCGACGCAGUGCUUAUUCUCAUGCUGAUCCCUCUUAAGGACAAAGUGGUGGACCCCAUCCUCAAACGCAGAGGCCUGCUGCCCUCCUCCCUCAAGAGGAUCGCAGUGGGGAUGUUCUUUGUCAUGUGGUCAGCUGUGGCGGCUGGUAUACUGGAGACAAAACGACUUGAGAUCAUCAAAUCUAAUGGCACCAUCGACCAGGUCUUUGGCGACGUGAUCUACUACGCAGCAGAUCUGCCCAUAUGGUGGCAGGUGCCCCAGUAUGUGCUCAUCGGAAUCAGCGAAAUCUUUGCCAGCAUCGCAGGUCUGGAAUUUGCCUACUCAGCCGCCCCCAGGUCCAUGCAGAGUGCAAUCAUGGGACUGUUCUUCUUCUUCUCUGGGAUUGGUUCCUUCGUGGGCUCCGGCCUACUGGCCAUCGUCUCCCUCAAGGGGAUUGGCUGGAUGUCCUCCCACAAGGACUUUGCGCUCUGCAGGAGCGAUGGAAGCGGAUCCUCCUCAUUUCCAUGGCUGAGGGCUGUGUGAUGCGGAGGCAGAGCGAAGUGUGGAGUAAACAGGAGCUUUGGUGAGCAGAGUGGUGCAGACCUGGGGAUAGACACCCAGUAUUAAUGACAAGCUGGGGGCCUGAUUACACAGCCCUCUCCUCUUAAGUAAAGCUGCCCCUGGAGUGCGCACCAUAUAGCUGCCACAGCCAGCCAGCUAGCUAGCUACCUUGGCAGCUGGAGGCUACUACUCACCUCUCUGUCUCACUACACCACCUUCUCUCUUCACGUCUUGUCCUCACAAACUAGCAGCAGGCAUGCGCAGGUAGAGAAGCAAUGUAGGAUGCAACGAUACAGUCAGUCUGUCCAAAUGUAAAAGCAUAUGCCUUUGGUAACUGUAGUACAGUCGCAACCAAAAUUAUUGGCACCCUUGAUAAAGAUUAGAAAAGAAAAUGGUACAAUAAGUAAUACCAAUACUAUGCUCAAAACAAUGAUGAACUUUACCCAGUACCUGGACUUUUUUUUGCCAAAAACCUGGUUGCCUCUACCAGGAAGCUGUAACUUGGCUGUGGAUCUUCCAGCAAGACAAUGACCCCAAACACAUAUCAAAAUCCAUAAAGAAAUUGUUAAUUGACCAAGAAAUCAACACUUCUCCGGACUUGAAACUCAUUUGAAAACCUGUGGUUUGAAUUGAAGAGGGUAGUCUAUAAGCUCAAACAAAGGAUAUCAACGAUCUGGGAAGAUUCUGUGUCGAGGAAUGGUCUAACAUCCCUCCCAAUGUGUUCUCCAAUCUCAAAAUGUUUUAGAAAAUGGGUCUGUGACAUUUUCUUCGCAAGGGGUGCUGGAGUAUUAAACUGGUGCCAAUAUUAUUAUUAUUUUUUUAAUAAGUAUUACUUACAACAUUUUUUUCUGGGCAAUUGUAUCAGUAUAAUAUAUAUUUUUCAUAUAAUAUAGCUCAGUAUUUGUAUUAUCUUACUGUAUACAGUAUUUUUUUUGCUCAUCUCUGUCAAGGGUGUCAGUUAUUCUGGUCGUGACUGUAUUUGUAUUAUGUUUUUGACUUGGUGACUCUUAACUCCUGCUGUGUUCCGGUCAAAUUGGACUGAGUUUUCUCUCUGAAAAAUGUAGUUCCUUUAAUCAGAUUGUCAUAAGGUUGCAUGACUUUGUCCACACAGGGCAUUUGAACACACAAAAUACAUUUUGAUGAUUUUCAUUACAUUUUGGGUGUUUAUUUUAACUUUUGUACACCUGUGGUGUUCCCUGUCAAAAAUGACUAUAAUUUAGUGAGACUAUAAUUUAGUGUAAUAAAAUUGAGUUCAGGCACAUGCCCAUUCAUCAGAUGGGCACACCUCCUCUCCCAAACACCCACAUGCAUGUGUGUUUGAGCACACACGCCUCACUCCCCUUCUUGGCUUCCAUGGCAAUCCCCACGGGAACCUUACCCCAAUAGAAUCUUUCCCUCACGGGAACCACACCUUUUGGCAUUCUCACAAAAAAUUGCAACAUUGUUUCAAUGUAUACAACUUUUCUUGCAGCUCUGGUAUAUAAAGCUUUUUGAGGCCUUGCACAUAAUUCAUUCUGUGGCAGCACAAUGACCAAAUGAUAUACUGUAUGUGAAACUCUUGAUCAUAUCUUUGAUCAUGACACUGGUGAGGAGGAGAGAGUCCUUGUUAAACUUUGACACAAAGUAAUCUGUGAUGAAUAGCACUAUGUUUCAUCAGUCACAGACCAGGAAAUGGCCUUUUUAUUUUAAUUGUACCACGUUCAAGUCCUGACUGGUCCAGGAUCAGAUGUUGGGAUAUUUUAGACAUUCACAGUUUGGGUUGAGACCCACAUAUCCUGCUCAACACUCAUUUGAUGAUACUCAAUGAAAAUACUGUUUUUAAUGGAGGGCAACGGUGCCAAAGCAGGACAAAUGGUCACAUGAGCUCUUCUUGAGAUUGGUGCUCAAGUCUUCCUGCUUAAUAUAAUACAUGUACUGUAUAAGGGAAGGUAUUUCUUUAAGUGAAAGAAUAAUCAAUGUGAGAUAUAUAUUUUAAAUACUGUAAACGGCAGCUUUUCGGCUGACUGAUAUUUCCAGCCUAUCUCGCUAACAGCAGAUGCUUGUUCUUUCCUUUUAAUUGUGUCAGAGUUCAGGGUUGUGAUUUCUCCAUUGAUAAGUUAAUAAUGGUAUUGAUAGAUACAGUUAUCAAUGUAUUUACAAUUACCUGCACUCAUUAUUGAUCAACUGCUUCCAUUUGGUCUCUAGUCCAUCCAGAAGUUUUACAGUACAAGAAAGGGAAGUCUGACAAAGUAUGUUAAUGUCCACAGCUGGGGCUGAAGAUCAUUGGAGGUCUGUGUGUUUCAGAAUUGUUGUUGUAAUUAUUUCAGCAGCCCUCUGCCUAAAUGAAUGCAUCACGGUGGCUAAUAUUAUUCAGUUAGAGGCAAACAGACAUAGAAGUUCCCUUCAGUGUCCCACCUCUGGAUAUAGCGCUGCAUUCCUCCGUGUCGAUCGCGUUCCCUAAAUACCUGUCAAAUAUGUAUGGGGUUCGUUAAUGGUUUGUACAACAAGUCCUUGUUUAGUUUUUGCUGCUGUAAUUACCAGCCAAGUGGCCCCUGGGGAGGCAUGAGUGGGAAGGAGGUAGGCAAGAGGCAGACAUAAUGAAAUUAAGAAAUUACAAAAAUGUCAACCCUGCACAGUUUUUCAAACCUACCCCAUAAACUGAGAUGUAAAGACUUGUUUUGAUUUGAUUUUAUCAGUUUUCCCCUGAUAAUUCUCAGGAUCCAGUUAUAUUACUUAUUCUCUGGUGAUGUUUAUUGAAUCUAUAAAACACUACACAAUUAAGGUCAAUGAACGGUGGCUCUUUCCCCUCAAUAUGCAUUUAUUCAGCAUGCAGUUCUGUCAUGCCCUCUCUCCUCUCCCAUUCUCCUUAAGGCCAACUCCCCUGUGUUAAUUAAGGCUGUGCUUGCAGACUGAGUGUCGGUUAAAGCGAAUUAUCGAUUUAAAACGCAAGCAGCAGACUCUGCCGGCAUUAACCCCCCCCACCCCCACCCCCCGUGAACAUUAUCCUGCCGGUCUUCUCCUUUUCCAAUUAUCCAUAAAGAGCACAGACCGAGGCAGUGAGACACAUCUCUGGGUUUGAAUAUGAUAUGGAUUCCGAUGUGCUAGUGACAGGAUAUACAGUACUGCACCACUCCUAAAGGUGAAAACAAUCGUAUGAUGAAAUGCAAAGGACACUAUUUGGACGGCCUGCAGAGUGAGUCCUCCGUUACGUUUUGGAGGUUCUUUUAUGGUUAAAAUAUCCCAACUUGCAUAUCUUCUGCCUCCCUGGUGAAGUGCUGCUAGCAGCGAUCCGUUGAGUUGUAGGCGUGAUUUAUUUUCAGUUUAGGCUUUGAUUGAGUAUAGUUUAUAGGUUUUGUGUUUUGGAAAUGAAUGAGAUAUCAGGGGUCUUGGCACUGCGUUUAAAUCAUGUCUCCUUUUUACUGCUCUGGUCAGAUGGUAGACUAUACAGAGUCUUCCCUACCAGGGAGGAACAACUUUUUAUAGAUUGGUUCGCGUAUUUGGCCGUAUUGUCACCAAUAAGUUAAUUGUUAGUGAAAAGUAUGCACACAAAAAUAUAUGCAAUCCAACGGUAUAUGUAUUAGUGUUGUAUUUUGGUCAUGCCUCGUGACUCAGAUUGUCAAAAUGAUUUCAGCCAAUUCCAAAGCAUGUCCAGUCAAAAGUUCAAGCACUUGGUUAAUUGGGGUCAUGUUGAUGACCGCACCAGUAUCAUGUGUGAGUUUGACCUAUUCCCCCUGUCGUGUACAUGGUGGCUGUGUGAGUCCUUGUGUUCCCCCCAGCUCUGGAUGGACCGGUAUAAUUGGACGGUCUCUGAACCCCAGGGUCCGGAGGGCCGUCAGACCACUCUCCCUGUUCACUCUCUCCCAGCCCGCCCUCACCAUGGGAAAUGACAAGACUUCUGUGGGAUUACCCCCUUCUCCAAUUAAAAUCAAGCCUGCUCCUCCUCUAGGUCGUUAUUCACUGUGACAGUCCAACGUGGAGAACUUAAUAGGUGCAUUCUUUUGACAGCACACUGUCCUGGAGCUUUGGACUUCCUCAUUUGAAGAUACAGUAUGUAGGCUAGCUAGCUGAGCUCUGUCCGUUCUCCCAUGUAUCCUUCCGGGCUAAGAAACCGUGCCAUGCUGUGUGCCUAUUGUAUAAACUCAAACCCUUUUGUAAUAAACAUGAGAGAAACCUUAUGCUGGGUACUCUAAUUGGGAAUUCAAAAGAAUAGCUGUGAUUUACGUCAGAUGGGCUGCUGGUUAAACAUUAAGGCCAGUAAACCACUGCUUAACAUGGCCAGGGGUGGAAGGCUUCUCUAACGCCAACACAAUUGUCAGACAAAGCACUGUUUUAGCUUGCAAAAUCAUUGAUUUAGUGCAGCUGUCGGCUUUUCCCUUGAUGCGAAACUGUAGCGGGGGGGGGGGGGCUAGAUUUAGUUUAGAAUUGCCCUCCAGUGUUUGUUUGAACAGGGACAACUACUCCAAUCAGCAGUGCCAGCGUUCAGAAGUAGACUGCAAUAGCUGGGUGCAAGCAUAAACCUCGGAAAGAGGCUUGUUCGUAACAAUGCACUGCGGAGACUGGUGAUGUUAGCUGAGAAAGGAGGGUGACAAUUUCAUAUCUCAUGAAGACAGAAGGGUAAUCAUGGACAGUUUGAAUAGAUUUUUUUCACAGAUUAUAAAGUGGUAAUAUGACUUAAGGUUACGGAGUUGUUCUAAUGCGGGUCUUUGUUAAGGAGAUGAUGCUUGUACUGUACACGGUCAAAUAGCUUUUCUAUGACAUACGAUGCCUGUAUCUCCAAUCCAUAUCAAGAGUGAGAGAGACAAACUCAUUAUUUCAAUCCCGCUAAGCCAGAAUGAAGGCAAACAAUUAAGUGUGCAUCAUUGUGUUUUUACGCCUUGUUAUUGAAUCCGUUCCCCCAAGGAAACAAACAAUCCUUUCAUAGUAUUGAGACUCCUUGCCUGUCCUCACAGCUGAGGGUCCAGAAUGUUCUGUUAUUUUCUCAUGCUUCAAUCCCAGAUUAUCAAUAAUGCCAUUCAUAUGAUCAUUGAAGUGUGGGGUCAAACUGCGUUAAGCAUCUCAUAGUAAUAAGACAAGAAGUGGCUUCCAGUUGCACUGACAGAGCUGUCUUUUUUUCUCAAGCAUAAGCCUGUCUUCAGACAGAUUUCAUUUCUCUUAAAAGAACGAGCUAAACAUGGAGACAAAGCAACUGUCGUUGCCAUGUGACACUGCCAUGUUAUGCGAAUGAACAGUUGUAUGUGUCCCUUUAAUGUGGAAUGCUGCUUUGUGAUGUUGGUGUCAUGCUCCCAUCCCCCUCCACCUAUUUUUCUCUCUGCAGGAUGCAUCAACCACUGCUGUUUGUCUUCUUCUUUUUUUUACCCUUCCUUUCUAAUAAUUUCUAUAUGCCUGUUUAUUUUGACCUGAUCUCUUCCUCCCUACAGCUUCUUGUGGUGUCUCUUUCUGAGGUGUUGCACUUGAAUUCUGUCAUAACAAUGGCACUGUUCCUACCACCUCCCUCUCUCCAUCCCUCU